GGUAAAUACAUAUCAUCACGGGCGGCAAUUUGGCGUAAGUCUGGAUUGUUUAUUUUUAUGGGUCUCGGAAACAGUCUUCCAGCGCCGUUACUAACUGUUGUCAUAAAACAUUAAUUGCGGGUAUCUAAGUCCAGCAUCAAUAGGAAAAAGCGGCCACUGAUGUCAUCGACUGACAUAUAUCACACCGUAAGGUUAGAAUAUGAACAACAUUGAUAUAUUGACGCGCAGUAAAUAUGCCAUCUUCUACCCCUCCUCCAACAGAACUAGUGAAUGUAAAAUAUGGCAACAAAAAGGACACGCAUAAAUGUACCCUCAAAAAGGAUCUAAAAUCAGACUUCAUGCCAUUGCCUCCGAAUGCAACAAUAUCCAAAAAGCUCCUCAAGUUCGCACGUAGUUUGAAGCUGUGCGACCCGAAUAAUGAUAAGUGCAAAAUGUACUUCAAGAACAAGUUAUCUAUUAUAAAGGAACAGAAAAGGCAGCUUAACACGGCACACUGGUUCACCAUCCAUCCAUUUAGCCGGAUAGCAAAUUUCCUGGAAUGGUUCUUUUGUGCAACAAGAUCAUUCACCUACCUUUGGUUGCCUGUAUGUGGCCUGGUACCUCGUCAAGAAUGGUCGCCAUUCAUUCAAUUUGUCCGACAGGUGAUAAAAGUAAGCGAAGUUUUAACAACAACAGGAUUUUUCGUAACAGGAUAUGUGGAUUCUAACACUAAGGACAUCAUACUGGAAGCAAAGAAAAUAGCAUUAGCAUACUUAAAGUUUUAUUUCACAUUCGACUUCCUCGUGUUCAUGGGAGAUUACUUACUACUGAGAGAAAUAAUGAAUCCAAAUGAGAUAUACGGUGUGUUUGACAUACUUGCCAAUACGCUCACGCAUCUAGGACUGGUAAUGCGAAUAAGAUAUUAUUUUGUCCUCCAAGCACGUUGCGUAAACCGUUUAAGAGUGAACAGAAGAUUUUUAGCUCUACUAUACCAGCUGACACUUUGUACAGCAAUCCUUCAUCUGUCAACUAUUUACAAUGUCCUGGUACCGAAGUAUGCAGUAGGUGGCGACCAUUUUCUACCAAAUGAAUCAUGGAUAAGUCAAUCAAUCGGUGUCGAGAGAAGGGAGGUGACUAAGGUGUACUUUGAGUCAUUGAUGUUGGUGUCCUGUUAUUUCUUUGGUGCUUCUUACUACACAUAUGAGAUAAAGUUUAUGCCCGAGCAGAUUACAUUGUCUAUAAUUUCCCUUAUUGGAAGGAUAUACACUUUGUAUCUUAUCGGAGAUAUGCUGGUAGUAUUUGGGAUGGCGGCAUUCCCAGAAAGUAGGUACGAACAAUUUAUGGGCGAGGUAAAAGAGUAUAUGAUGGCAAAGAACUUACCACAAGACCUGAGAACGAGAUUAGAAGAAUACUACGAGUGCAAGAUGCAAAAAAAGUUUUUCAGUGAAACAAAGAUAAUAGAUACGUUAUCAGAACGCUUAAGAACUGAAAUGUACCUGCAUUUCGCUAGAAAGCUGAUUGAGCAAAACAAUACCCUGAAAACGUUGCCGUCCACUACCUUAGGAGUACUUAUAUCGUACAUGAAGUCAGAAACGUUUCUGGCAGACGAUGUUGUUUGUGCUGUAGGGAAACCCACUGAUAUGGUGUUUUUCCUCUCAGCGGGUACAGUAGCAGUUUAUAACAAAAACAGCUUGGAGUUAGAUCACCUGUACGACGGCCAAGAUUUUGGACUGGAUGGAGGUCGACGGUAUGCAUACGUUGCUGCUGAGACCAGUGAAAUUUAUUAUAUCAGGUACAAGAUAUUCAAGUCUUUGAUGAGUGAGCACAACGAAGUUUGGGCCAAUUACGAGAAAAAGUGGGCAGAACUUCAAAAGAGAUAUAACGAAAUAGAAAACGAAAUGGAGUCUGGAGGUGAAACUAUACUCUACGAAUUGAACCGUGGCGCAUUGCUAGAAGCACCUAAAACGAGACUUGUUAUAUUUGAUGAUUUAUAAGGGGCUCAGUACGAUUACUAUAGAGAUAUUGUCUCGCAACUUCGUUGCGAAGCUCGAAAUUCUGUGUGUCUAAGGCCGCGAUUAUACUCUGAGUUGGCAGGCGACAGGUUAAAUAUCAAAAUUAAAAUCAUUUCCAAAGACUAUCUACAUAGUAUAGGAAAAGUCAAAAAAAUUUACAACUAGAAUUGCAAUAUAUAUCAAAUAAUGCUAAAUUACGUACAAAAUACAAUAUAUCAGACAAUCAUAUCAGUUAUGAUUUACAACAUGCAUGAAAACGGUGUAAAUGUUCAACAUGUAUACUGUUCAAUUGAGUAGUAUACCUUUUUGAGUUGAAACUGUGUUUCUUUAAUUAGACCACAUUUACAAAUUUUUUUGUGUCUUGGAAUUUUUUAUAAGGUCUUAAGCAAAUUAUACGUCAUUUGGUUGUUACUUCAUAACGAGCGAAUGGCACUUGCAAUAAAUCUUUUUGCCUCGUGCUGAGAAGUGUUAAGCUCCCAUUUUCAGAUUGUUUCUGUUAUUGCUUGGCCACAUAAAUGUUUGAAUCCAAUCGUCCUUUUAUUUAACACUAUAAAAAACAGAUCGUCAGCACAAAUAGUAUAUUGUCAGCUACGGAUUGCAGACCUAACAGUAAGUGAAUUGGAAUAUGUUUACUGGGAGUAUUGCCGUACAGGGUUGCGAGUCGUGUCAGAUAGAAUCAAACGAUAUUAUUACAUUACACUUUGUUCAAAUGAUAUUUACACAGUCCUCGCGGUCUUAUCCUAAAUUACCAUCUCGCACCUGAUCUACCGAUCAAUAGUAACACGAUCGAUAGCUCAUGUUUGCUUGUUUGGUUAUGAUGUACAUAUCGUUUGAAUGGGGUAUAAGCUACAACAGUGAAAGUUUUUGGUUACAUUCGCAUGGUUAAAAAUGGAAUAAAAUGCACAACGGUUUUACUUCCAGCAUGUUGCAUGCUGCCGUAUCGCUGGGUUACAUCGCCCGGAUCGGUCUCAUUUUGCAAUGCAAGCGGCAUUGCCACGGAACCACCGCGUCGACUCCAACCGCGUAUAUCAAAUUGAAUAAUGGUCGAAUUUGAAUAUGUUUAAGGUGAAAUUAAGAAAUCACUCUAUGAAUACCCCAAAUGUAUAGCGAUAUAAUUUCAAUGGGCAGGAAUGUAAAUCUACGGUAAAUUGAUUAAAAAAAUCAGUAAAGGAAUGAUUAUAGAAAAUUGGCAUUAAUGCUAUGUAAAUUGUCAACAAAUAAAAUGAAAAUAGAAAUAUUGCAACACAAUGCAAAACGGCGUCGCCAACUGCCUGUCACCUAGCACCUACCACCUCGCAGUAUAACCGCGGCCUAGCAAUUUCAUUUUUCUUGAACCUAUACCAUGGCAUCUUUAGGAAUCAUUUAUUGCUACUGCUUAGUGUACACCUAAUUUGUGGAGAUUUUGAUUAUAAUUAUGGAAUAGAAUAUCUUAAGAAUUGAUCAUUUAAUUGACCAACUAGGUUAAAUUAGAUUUUAUGCGAC